GGGGAUGGCGGCGCCUCGCCGAGGGGAGCUACGAGUGCUCUGUCUCCACGGCUACGGGCAGAACGCGGAGCUCUUCCGCGCCCGGACCGGCGCGCUGCGGAAGGCCGUGCGCGGGCGCGCGGAGCUACUCUACCUGGACGCGCCGCACCGCGCGGGCCCGGAGGAGGGCGGGGACGGGGGUGCCGGGCCGCGCGGGUGGUGGCUUGGGGCGGCGCCGGAGCCGGAGCCGGCGCUGCGGACCGUGGCGCAGGCGCUGGCGGAGCGCGGCCCGGUGGACGGCCUGCUGGGCUUCAGCCAGGGCGCGGCGCUGGCCGGGAUGCUCUGCGCGCUGAGGCAGCGCGGGGACGCGCGCUUCCCCUUCCGCUUCGCCGUGCUGGUCGCCGGCUUCCGCGGGCCCGAGGUGGGCGCGGGGCCCCUGCUGCUGCCCAGCCUGCACGUCUUCGGGGAGGCGGACCGCGUCGUCCCGGCGGCGGAGAGCCGCGCGCUAGCCGCGCGCUUCGCCGAGCCCGCCCUGCUGGCCCACGCGGGCGGCCACUUCGUCCCGGCCGGUGCCGCGCAGAGGGCCGCCUACUUGGGCUUCCUGCGCCGCUUCGAGCGGCCGGCGGAGGUCGAGCUAGGCCCUCCCCGCGCGCCGCCGGCUCCCCCUCGCGGGUCGGCCUCGACCUCGGGGACUUCCCUGCAGGGCUCGGGCGAGCGCUCGGCAGAAGCAGCGGACUGGCCCCGCGCCGGCCUGGCCCCGGUUCAGGCGGCAGCCGCAGGAGGAGGGAGCCCGCUUCCCCGUGAGGAAGGGCAAGGAAGCCCGCCGUGGGAGCCCCGUGCUGCAGGCCUGCAGGAUACCCACCCGGGCUCCUCCCAAAGCGGCCUUUAGCUGUGGCACUGGCUCCGGGAGUGAGAACCUCGCCAUGCGUCCCACCAUCUCUGCUGUCCUCCUGCUGGGUGCUGUGUGCCAAGGGCAGCAUCAGGGACUGAACUGAAGGACGACUGGAAACAACGCUUCUGUCCUGGGAUAAUGGGCCUUGUCCACUUGUCCAUAUGUUUGGAGUGAGAAUUCCUUCAAAAAUGCUGGCGGGAAUGGGCAGGUCCACCUCCCGCCCUGGACUAACCUUGCCCACCUCAAACACUGCAAGAUGGACGUCUCCUUCCCAGACAAGAGGAUCCCUGGCUCUCCCACUGCCUCCAGCAGGAUCCUGCUGCAUGAAGCACAGCCCUGAAGGAGGUGUCAGGACCUUCCCUUGGGCCUCCCUUCUCAGUUUGUUUAAAGAUCCCAGCCCGAGAGAUGAAGAGGAACAGCAGAAACCCUGGGGUGGGGUGGGGGGUUCCUGAAAAGUGUGGAUGCUCCUGAAAAGCUAGAAUAAGUCAAAGUAACCCUGAAUUAAGAAGAGGCUUCUGAUUCCAGGAACUGUUGUUGCAUAGAUGCAGGUCAACAAGUUCAGUUAAAACCUCCCAUCAGGAUUUUAAGCUUUGUUUUAAUAGAAGACGGGUAGUUAAAUUAAGACUUUGUACCUGUGA